UUUGGAAAAAAAGUGACGUCUGCACUGAGGUGGCCGCUAAAGUGCGAAUCACGACGGGCGGUGGCCGUUGGGUCCCGGCGUGAGGCGGGGUUUCCGCUCCCUGGGGCUCACGUCAGUCAGGAGGCGGAAGCGCAGCGGGGGCGGGAAGGUUGUAGUGCCGCGAGUUGAGCUCUUCUUGCCUAAGUGGUCGCGCCCCCUUUAAGAGCAGUGAUUGGAAGACGAAGCGAUCCCGGUGUCCUAGGGUCCCAGGUGAUUGUGAAGUGCUGACCAAUUGCCACUGGACAUACUUGAAACAAAAUAGGAAAAUGGCAGCAAACUCUUCAGGACAAGGUUUUCAAAACAAAAAUAGAGUUGCAAUCUUGGCAGAACUGGACAAAGAGAAAAGAAAACUACUUAUGCAGAACCAGUCUUCAACAAAUCAUCCUGGAGCUAGCAUUGCACUCUCGAGACCCUCUCUUAAUAAGGACUUCCGGGAUCACGCUGAGCAGCAGCAUAUUGCAGCCCAACAGAAGGCAGCUUUGCAGCAUGCUCAUGCACAUUCAUCUGGAUACUUCAUCACUCAAGACUCUGCAUUUGGGAACCUUAUUCUUCCUGUUUUACCUCGCCUUGACCCAGAAUGAAGAAAACAUUUGCGAUGGAAAAGUGACUUUGUAAUAUCAAAUGCCAAAGCUACUAUCAUUCAGUGCUAUAUGAACUGUGACUUUAAGAAUUUUGGUGAACUUUGAUAUUUUUUGUUUGUCUGAAAGAAAGGAAUGUGUAAGUGAAAGCAGAAAGAAGAGUAACCAGGAUGAUGAGAGCUGUGGAAGCUGUAUCGUCCAAGGAAUUGAUUAUGUACUGUGACGGUAACUUUUUUGUAAUACUGUUUAACUGUCAUUCAGACUCUGAAUUGGAUGGUCACGAAAUCAUUCCCCAACUCCUAGCAAGUUUGACUGAAUAUAUCAUGUCCACAGUAGAUUUUCAAGAAUCAUUUAUAGUACUUAACUUUAAAGAAACAAGGGUGCUUUUAAAAAAUGAACCAAUAGGCUUAAAUCAAUUGCAUCCAUAUUUGCUGUUUAUAGGAUUGCUAUCAGUAUACCUUUUGAGUUUAUAGUCAACAUAUAUCAUCCUGAAAUAAUUCUUUCUGGACUUAUAACUACUUCCCCUUUUUCACUUUAAAACAAACCCCAAGAAUAAAUUACUAACCAGUCUUAACCAUCUUUUAUAAACAUAUGCUCUUAUAAAUGUUGUGACUAAAUGCAAUUAAAAAUAAUAGGAAAUGUGGUAGUUUUUUUAAUUGUACAUCCUCUUAUUUAGUGUUACCACAUAAAUGAUGAGUUUGUGUGGUUCUAUUUUCCAUUUUUGUUCUAAUUGAAAACUUUUUGGCUGGGCAUGGUGCCUCACGCCUGUAAUCCCAGCACUUUGGGAGGCCAAGGCGGGCAGAUCACUUGAGAUCAGGAGUUUGAGACCGGCCUGGCCAACAUGGUGAAACCCUGUCUCUACUAAAAAUAUAAAAAAUUAGCCAGGUAUGGUGGCACACGCCUGUAAUCGCAGCUACUCGGGAAGCUGAGACAGGAGAAUUGCUUGAACCUGGGAGGCAGCGGUUGCAGUGAGCUGAGAUGGUGUCACUGCACUCCAGCCUGGGUGACAGUGAAUCUUCGUCUCAAAGAAAAAAAGAAAAAGAAAACUUACGCAAGUCGAGCUCCUUUUUAAUUACUUUAAGUAGGAAGGGAUUAGGUUAAGAAAGUCUCUCAACAUGACCCAUCUUUAGCAGUAUCUGGGGUGCUUAUUUAAGUAUGCUGUCCCACUACCCUACCCUAGUCCUACAGAAUUAGAAUCUGAUUCAAAAUAAAGUCUGAAAACCAUGAGAUAGAGAAUUCUAUGAAAUAUCUUGUACAGAUUUUCGUGAUAUAUUUAUACACGCAUGGGUUUGUAGAUCCCUGAAACUUAUAGGUCAUUUAGCUAAAAUCUACAUUUUUUUAACUUUUAAUAGGAUUGAAAUGAUAUUUUACACUGUAUCACAGAUAGAGUAUUUUAUAUAACUUUUUGUAACUGACCUCAUCUUGGCCUUGAGUCCCAUCCUCUCUGGUGGUAGGGUAAAACUGAAAAUUCCAGUUUGGGUCAAUAUUUAGUGAAAGUUCUUUCUUUUCAGAGAGUUUGUUCCCCCCCUUCUUCCUUAGAUAUUUUCCAACACACAGCCCCAUCCUACUCAAACCAAGUGAAGCAAGGGUGGACAGUUCUAGAAUUGGCUGUGCCAUGUAGGUUUUUUUGAGAAUUUGAACUGAUUUCCUUCAUUUUGAUGAGGUGGCAACCGUCCCCAUUGUAAUGGUCACCAUUGCAGCGAGGAUUGCCUUACUUCUGCAGCGCAGAGCUCCUCAGGGGACCUCUGGCUCCUGUCCUUCCUCAGGUCCAUCCAACUACUCCUUGGGCCUCCUUAUGGUAGCCCUCAUUGUCUUGAGUUAAUUUCACUAGGUUUCUGUUUUCUGUGAUCGGCAACAUAACUGACAUGGUUCUAAAUCUGUCUCUAGGGAGAUAACACAUUAGUACAUUUUCUACACUAUUGAAGCCUCUACCUAAUGUAUGACUUUUGUAGCUCAGGUAAAGAGAUCUUUUUACCAGUGGUAUCCUUUCUAGUCUGUUAGCCUUUUAAAUAGAUGUGGCCUAAAUCCUGUAGUCCUGGCUAGGAAGCACUUCUCUCCACCCCUCUGCUUUGAGUCACAAAUUCAAUUCAAUUUCCUAGGUGUUUAUUAAUACCUACAGAUAAAGCACUGUGCUUUGGGGGACACAAAGGUGAUUGGCACCUGCUCUUUUAGGAGGUCACCGUGCAGAGGAUCCUAUUCUGGUAGACCAAUAGUUGUAAAGCAAGCCACAGCCUGGGCAACAUAGUGAGACCCGUCUCUACUAAAAA